AUGUACUGUACAUGUAACUCUGGUAGUUGUGUAUCUUCUGCUCUAAUCCUUCUACUGUGCUUUUGUUAUGCAGGGAAAGGGUUAUUGGUAUUAUCUGGGGCAAAGUGGUUCCAGCACCGCAAGCUGCUGACCCCGGGUUUCCAUUAUGAUGUUCUGAAGCCAUAUGUGAGACUGAUGUCAGACUGCACUAAUGUGAUGCUGGACAAAUGGGAGCAUCUGGUCUCAGAGAAGAAGUCUGUAGAGCUGUUCCAUCAUGUCAGCCUCAUGACGUUGGACACCAUCAUGAAAUGUGCCUUCAGUUACCAGAGCAACUGCCAGAAUGACAGUGAGAGUGAAUACAUCAAGGCUGUCUAUGAGUUGUCCUACCUGGCAGAUUAUCGAUUCCGAAAUGUCCUAUUCCAUAGUGAUCUCAUCUUCAAUCUGAGCCCACAUGGAUUUCGCUUCCGGAGGGCACUAAGAACAGCUCAUGAAUUUACAAAUUUCUCCAAUACAGAUAAUGUGAUCAAACAGCGGAAAGAAUCUCUUAAGCAGUACAAUGAGUUGGAGAAGGUCAAACAGAAGAGACACCUGGACUUUCUUGACAUUCUUCUGUACGCCAAGGAUGAAAAUGGUCAGGGUCUGUCAGAUGAGGACUUGCGUGCAGAGGUGGAUACAUUCAUGUUUGCGGGACACGAUACAACGGCCAGCGGGAUUUCCUGGACAUUAUACUGUAUGGCUACACACCCUGAACACCAGAACAAAUGUCGGGAGGAGAUCAGAGAGCUCUUGGGAGAUCGGAACACUUUGGAAUGGGAGGAUCUGGGUAAGAUGCCAUACUCCACCAUGUGUAUUAAGGAGAGCAUGCGCCUGUAUCCACCUGUGCCAGCAGUGGCCCGUCGGCUUUCCUCACCCAUCACCUUCCCUGAGGUGGACGGAGCCUGCCUAAAGGUCAGUCAUCACCAUACUGAGCUUGUGGGUUCUGUUUCUUUAAAGCCCAACUACUGUUUUUUUAUGUUUGAAAGUAUACUUCUGUGA